CCUGGUUAAAUAACAACAACAACAAAAGCUGAAAGAUAUAAAGGGACAUAACUCUAACUUACUGUUGCGUUUCUGCUCUUUAAUGUUGGUGAGUUAACAUCAAUGUUUUGACGCCAAAACAUUUCGCGCAAAACCAGAAAAAUUCUUAAGAAAAGAAACAGAAUUAAUGUUUAUUUAUUGGCAGGAAAUGAAUUAAAUACUGUUGAGGAAUACAUCUUGUUUGUUGCGAUUCAUGCAUCCAGUUUGAAGUUUUGUUUAAUUUAAUUUAGUUUCAACACAGACCCGAAAAGAAUUUAUGGCACCAUGGAAGACAGUGAUGAAGAGACCAAACUGCAAUGUCCAAUAUGUUUGCAACAAUUGAAAGAACCGUAUGUCCGUUGUCUUUCAUGUCCAAAUCCUCUGCUUUUAUGUCUGAAUUGUUUUGCUCGUGGAACCGAAAUAGGAGAACACCAAAACAAUCAUUCUUACACUUUUAUGAGAGAUGACAUUCCACUCUUUGAAUCAUCAUGGACUGCUGCUGAAGAAUUAAAACUUCUUUCUCUCAUAUCAGAAUUUGGAUUUGGAAAUUGGUCAGAUAUUGCCCAGCAGCUAAAGACUAAAAGCAAACAGGAAUGUGAGCGCCAUUAUCUCAACUGCUUCAUUGAAAACUCCAACAAACAGUUACCAUCUUUUCCUGAGUUCAAUCAAGCCUACCACCCAUCUCCUGUUGCAUUUAAAUUGUCCGAUGAUCCUCCCCGCCCCCAGGACGGGAGCCCCUUGUUCUUGGAAAUGGGUGGCUACUCGGCAGCAGCUGGAGAUUUCAAUGUGGAAUACAACAACUUCAUAGAAUUGGAACUAAAAGAUAUGACCUUUGACACCGACGACAACAACGAGCAGGAGAACAAGGAAGAGGGGGAGCAGGAGGCAGACGAUGAUGACAACAUCGAGGAUGCAGAGAAAGAGGACCACAACUUCUUAACGGAACUGAAGUUGACUGUUAUCCAUAUUUACAGAGAAUGCAUAAAAGAACGAUGGCGACGCAAAAAGAUCAUCCGGGAUUAUGGUCUGAUCAACAUCAGGAAAAUUACCAGUUUCAACCGCCAUUAUGACAGAAUAGUCAGACACACGGUGUCUGCCCUCAGCGUAUUUAACCGACUCCUGCCACCAACGGAAUUUGAUCUGUACAUUGAAUCUCUACACUAUGGUGAAGAACUCAGGAAUGAAAUCCGAAAGUUGCAGGAAUAUCGGGAAAACGGUUUACGUUUACGGCACCAGAUAAAGAAUUUUAACCAACUGAAGUCUCGAAGAGAUUUAGAGAAACAAGAACAUCACCUGCUUUCUGAGGUUUUGUCCAACAUUCAGAAUGAUGCAGCCUGCAAGACAUUCUUACAGAGACAGGCUGUGCUGGAGCACAUUUCAAAAGGUCAAAACGUUGCUUUGCCGGCAGCUCGUAAGUCUCCCUUCUUACAUUGUGAUUUAAAUUCAUUUUUAAUUUUGUUUAUUUCAUGACAGCUGCACCUUGCCUAAUUAAUUUAAUUAACCCUUUUGAUACCAACCCUGAUUUGUUUGAGACAAUCUUCCAAUUUCAAAACAAUGUAAUCCAGUGGUUCCCAACCAUUUUUAUUUACCUUUGAAGCCCUUUCAUUCCUCUUUUACUC